AUGUUCCACAGAAGCCUUAGCUGCCGCCUGUUGCUGCGGUCUCAAAUUCGGUUGCCCUACGCAAGGAGCCGUGUGGCUGUCGUCCCGCCCGCCCCCGCAUCCCGGUUUAUUGCGCAACCUAGCGCCACUGGUAAUUACGGCUGGAGCAGGUCUUAUUCGCAGCCUGCUGCACAGCCGCGCUCGGCAGCUACUGCUACCCCUGAGCACCACAACGAUAUCGCAUCUGGGCCUCUGGCUGCAGCGUGGGACAGCGGCUCGCGCACGCUGGCCGUUCGCUUCAACGACGGGUUGGAAACGCCCUUGUCCAAGUUGUGGCUGCGCGACUCGUGCCGCUGCAGCGCCUGCGUUGAUUCGUCGUCUGGCCAGAAGAACUUUGAGACGUGCGACGUGCCUUCGUCGCUGAGGGUCCGCAAGGUCGGCGUCGCGGCGGAUGGGGAGAGCGUCCAGGUGGUCUGGGCAGACGACUUCUUGACGGGAGGGCAGCAGAGCCACACGUCGGUAUACCCGGCUUCUUUCAUCCAGUCGGCCCUCGACAGGCCAAAGCCAAAGGAUGACGUGGUGCAGCAUACCACGUGGGACAAGGCGUCUUUUGAGAAACAGGUGCGCUUCAUCCCCUACUCCGAAUGGAUCAAGGGAGACGGCGAGGUCUUUUGGCGUGGGUUCCUCGACCUGGCAAGGCUAGGUCUUGUGUUUAUCAAGGACGUCCCCGAGUCCGAAACCGCGGUUGAGGAGAUGGCUUGCGCUGUCGGUCAUGCCCAAACUACAUUUUACGGAAAGACGUGGGAUGUGGUAUCCAAGCCGCAAGCUGAAAACGUUGCCUACACGAAUGUAUUUUUGUGCCUGCACCAGGAUCUGUUGUAUAUGCAAGACCCUCCACGACUGCAGUUGCUUCAUUGUUUAGCCAACAGCUGCGAGGGUGGAGAGUCACUUUUCAGUGAUGGAAUUAGAGCGGCCGAGCAGGUCCGCAAUCAAAACCCCAAACAAUUUGAGCUGCUGAAGAACAAGCCUGUGUAUUACCACUACGAUAAGCACGGUCACUGGUAUGAAUAUAACCGACCAGUCGUGACGCUCAGCAAGGACGGCAGCGGAGCCAUCGACUCGAUCGGCUGGUCGCCUCCAUUCCAGAACAACUUCCCAGCGCCUCAGGGCCUGUCAGCCUCCAUCAACAGCCAGGACGCACUCGAGGAGUGGCGCGCGGCAGCCCGGAGCUUCCGGGACUCGUCGACAGCGCCAGAGAAUAUGUUUGAAUACAAGAUGAAGCCGGGCGAGUGCGCCAUCUUUGACAACAUGAGGAUCCUGCACGGGAGGCGGCAGUUUCACCUGACGUCGGGCAAGCGGUGGCUCAAGGGAACGUAUGUAGGUGAGCAGGUCCUGCGGAGCAAACUGGCGCAAACGCCGGCGCACCUGCGGCCUGUGUGA